CAUGACACACGAACCCCACUACGACUCAUACCAUUCCCCGAAUCCUUAAAGCCUUACACCCCUCUCUCAGCCUGGUCUUUACACCCAUUCGCAAAUCAUCACACGCCAAUUAAGGCCUAUUCAGGACACAAUCGCCUCCAAGAUGGCCGAUCACAUCCGCAAAACUUUCCAACAAUGCAAGAAAGAGCAGAGGUCUGCCCUUGUUACCUAUGUGACGGCAGGUUUCCCUACUCCGCAGGAGACGCCCGACGUCCUGCUGGCCAUGGAGGCUGGCGGUGCCGACGUCAUUGAGCUCGGAAUGCCGUUCACGGAUCCCAUCGCCGACGGUCCCACGAUCCAGAAGGCAAACACCGUUGCGCUCCAGCACGGUGUCAACACCACGGAUGUGCUGCAGAUGGUCCGUGAUGCCAGGAAGAAGGGCCUCCGCGCUCCGGUCAUGCUUAUGGGCUACUACAACCCUCUCCUCAGCUAUGGCGAGGAGAAGAUGCUCCAGGAUGCCAAGGAGGCUGGCGUGAACGGUUUCAUCAUUGUCGACCUUCCUCCUGAGGAGGCCGUCAGGUUCCGCAACUUCUGCUCUAGCUACGGUCUUUCCUACAUUCCUCUGAUUGCCCCCGCCACGUCUGAGGCUCGUAUGCGCGUCCUUUGCAAGAUCGCCGAUUCAUUCAUUUACGUCGUUUCCCGCAUGGGUGUUACCGGCGCCAGCGGCUCUCUUAACGCUGCUCUUCCUGAGCUCCUCAACCGCGUCCACAAAUACUCCGGCAACAUUCCCGCUGCGGUUGGUUUCGGUGUCAGCACCAGGGACCAUUUCGUCAGCGUUGGCAAGAUCUCUGAGGGUGUCGUCAUUGGUUCCCAAAUUAUCAACGUCCUUGCGGCUGCUCCUCCCGGGGAGGGCGCAAAACAGGUCCAAGAGUACUGCAGCUCUAUCACUGGACGCGCGCCCGGACAAAAUGAUCUCACUCGCGAGGUUGGCAUUAUCGAGACCAUGAACGAGGCCAGGGAGCCAGAAGGCGUUCAUGUUGACAAGGUCAUCAAGGACAGUGAUGUGCCUGACGGCCCUGGUCUGGCCGAUCAGAUCGAGGCUCUCAACGCCGACAACGUGGCCCAGGGAUCUAUCCCUGCCCGCUUUGGUGAGUUCGGUGGACAGUAUGUCCCUGAAUCCCUUAUGGACUGCCUGUCAGAGUUGGAGAAGGGCUUCAAUGAAGCCAAGAAUGACCCUAAAUUCUGGGAGGAGUACCGGACCUACUACCCUUAUAUGGGCCGUCCUGGUCAACUACACUUGGCAGAGCGUCUGACGGAGCACGCGGGAGGCGCCAAUAUCUGGUUGAAGAGAGAGGAUCUCAACCACACUGGUAGCCACAAGAUCAACAACGCGUUGGGUCAGAUCCUGGUCGCCAGGCGCCUCGGCAAGACGGAGAUCAUUGCGGAGACUGGCGCCGGUCAGCACGGUGUUGCCACCGCUACCGUCUGUGCCAAGUUUGGCAUGAAGUGUACCAUCUACAUGGGUGCAGAGGAUGUCAGGCGUCAGGCACUCAACGUCUUCCGCAUCAAGCUUCUCGGCGCCUCGGUUGUCGCAGUUGAGGCUGGCUCUAAGACCCUCCGUGAUGCUGUCAACGAGGCUCUGCGCGCCUGGGUUGUCAAUCUCGACACGACGCACUACAUCAUCGGUUCCGCCAUUGGUCCUCAUCCCUUCCCUACCAUCGUUCGUACCUUCCAGUCGGUGAUUGGCAACGAGACCAAGGAGCAGAUGAUGCAGAAGCGCGGCAAGCUCCCAGAUGCCGUUGUUGCCUGCGUUGGUGGUGGUUCGAACGCUGUUGGCAUGUUCUAUCCCUUCUCCAACGACCCUAGCGUCAAGCUGCUUGGUGUCGAGGCUGGUGGUGAUGGCUUGGACACCGACAGGCAUUCGGCCACUCUGACUGGCGGUACCAAGGGUGUCCUUCACGGUGUCCGCACGUAUAUUUUGCAAGACAAGCACGGUCAGAUCAGCAACACACACUCCGUUUCGGCUGGUCUUGACUACCCCGGCGUGGGUCCUGAGCUGUCUGCCUGGAAGGAUACCGAGCGCGCCAAGUUCAUCGCCGCCACCGAUGCCGAGGCCUUUAUCGGUUUCCGUCUGAUUGCCCAGCUUGAGGGCAUUAUCCCCGCGCUUGAGACGUCGCACGCCGUGUUUGGCGCGAUUGAGCUCGCCAAGACGAUGAACAAGGACCAGGACGUCGUCAUUUGUCUUUCUGGUCGUGGUGACAAGGACGUCCAGAGCGUGGCUGAUGAGCUGCCCAAGCUGGGUCCCCAGAUUGGCUGGGAUCUGAGGUUCUAAGUCGAAAGUGUAUGUGACAGUGGCAGGUGGUAGAUAGGUAGACUAAAGUAGAGCAUUUGCAAUAUGCAUGUGAAUUUUGC